CACAGGGGAAGCCACCGCUUCUUGGGAUCCGGCUACAGCAGAAACAACGCCUGUUCAACAAGGGUGUUCCUGAGCGUAGUUGGGAUUCGAAAGAGCCAAGGACACCUUGGAGUUCUGGAUCUGGGUUUUUUUCUCUGUUCAUGGCUGCAGCAGCUCUCCUCAGCUUGUGAGCUUCUCCCUCAACAGCAACCAUGGCCUUGAAGAACGUGCCCUUUCGCUCCGAGGUCUUAGCCUGGAACCCAGACAGCCUCGCUGAUUAUUUCAGAAAGUUGAACUACAAGGACUGUGAGAAGGCGGUCAGGAAGUACCACAUUGACGGCGCUCGGUUUUUGAACCUGACAGAAAAUGACAUCCAGAAGUUCCCUAAGCUGAGGAUGCCGCUUCUCAGUAAGUUAAGUCAAGAUAUCAACAAGAAUGAAGAGAGAAGAAGCAUUUUUACACGCAAAACCCAGGUUCAGCGCUUUCCGGAGGAGACAGAAAGCCAUGAAGAAGACAAUGGUGGCUGGUCAUCCUUUGAAGAAGAUGACUAUGAAAGUCCCAAUGACGAUGAUCCGGAAGGGGAGGACGAUGGUGACUACGAGUCCCCCAAUGAGGAAGAAGAGGUGUUGGUGAAUGAUGUUGAUGAUUAUGAGCCUCCACCCUCCAAUGACGAGGAGGCUCUGCAGAACUCCAUCCUGCCCGCCAAGCCUUUCCCCAACACCAACUCCAUGUACAUCGACCGGCCUCCCACCAGCAAGGUCUCCCAGCAUCCUCCGGUGCCCCCACAGAGACCAAUGGCCGCCCUCCCUCCCUUGCCGACAGGCCGGAAUCACUCACCACUGUCUCCACCCCAACCCACCCAUGAAGAACCCAGCAGAAAUCGAAACCACAAACCAGCAAAGUUGCCUCCUCCAUCAAUAGACAGAAGCACAAAACCUCCCCUCGACCGCUCACUGGCGCCUCUCGACCGAGAGCCCUUCACACUAGGAAAGAAACCAACAUUUUCUGACAAGCCCUCAGCCCCCGUGGGAAGCAGGACUCUCGGGGAGCAUUUACCCAAGAUACAAAAGCCUCCUUUACCCCCAGCCAUGGACAGACACGAAAGGAAUGAAAGGAGUGGACCCUUGACAGCAAAGAAGCCACCGGUUCCAAAGCAUGGACGGGGACCAGACAGAAGAGAGACUGAUGAAGAUGAUGUGCAUCAAAGACCUUUGCCCCAGCCAUCACUACCUUCUAUGAGCUCCAACACAUUCCCUUCAAGAUCUGCCAAGCCCAGCUCCAAGCACACAUUCCCAUUGUCUCACAUGCCGGGAGCCUUCUCAGAAAGUAACAUUGGCUUCCAGCAGAGUGCCUCCCUGCCUCCAUACUUCUCUCAAGGUCCCAGCAACAGACCACCUCUCAGAAAUGAAGGUAGAAACUUACCCUUGCCAGUUCCAAACAGGCCGCAGCCUCCAUCUCCUGGGGAUGAAGAGACUUCACUAGAUGAAGAGUGGUACGCCUCAUAUAUUACCCGACCAGAGGCAGAAGCUGCUCUCAGGAAGAUAAACCAGGACGGCACUUUCCUGGUUAGAGAUAGUUCUAAGAAAACAGUAAACAAUCCGUAUGUCCUCAUGGUGUUGUACAAAGACAAAGUUUACAACAUUCAGAUCCGUUACCAGGAGGAAAGUCAAGUAUACUUGUUGGGGACUGGACUUCGAGGAAAAGAGGACUUUCUGUCUGUAUCAGAUAUUAUUGACUACUUCAGGAAAAUGCCACUGUUGCUCAUUGAUGGGAAAAACCGAGGCUCCAGAUACCAGUGCACGCUGACAUAUGCUGCGGGGUGUCCAUAGCAAGUUAGCCAAGCAAGUCGGUCUCCUGACUCUUGUCAACGCAGGAAGAUCAAGCGGCCUUAGGAAGUGGAUGAACACUUAGGACUAAAGCAAACCCUCAAUGCGGGCACAGAGUUUUGCCCUUUCCUUUAAAAAGUGUUUAAAGAUUGCUGAAUAUCCCAUAAUUUAUUUAUUUUCUUCGAUGUCUAUAAAGUACAGAAGUAAUCAUGCCCAUAUAUGAAGUCUAAGAGUGCACUGUAGUACUUCAUCUCAAGACAUGAGAUUUUGAACAAUCCAUUUCAAAAUACAGUACUUUACAUACUACAGAAAUAAUGUGGGGCAAGUUUAAGAAGUACUGAAACUGAUUGUUUUUGAUCUCAUACGUUUUAUAAUGAAACUUUUGUCAGUCCAAGGCAACCUGUUUUGUUUUGUUUUUACACAACUUAAAACAAUUAAAAUUAACUUUCUGAGCAGCAAUAACUUAAGAGGCUCCAGAAACAUAACCCCAUUCUUUCUCAUUUGGUUUUACAGGGAGUAUUUUCAUGUAUUUUUUAUUUGAGAUAAAUGCAUGUUGGGAUAACUUCCUGGGAUUAAAUUUAUCUUUUGCUUUACUCUUUCAGAUCCUUAAAACAACUUUAUUAUUUAGUCCAUGCUGUUAUAUUUUGGUUUUAAAGUAAAUGUAAGCUACAAAUUCUGUAAGAAAACGGCUUUAGAUUCAGUGAUGCAGCUUUGCUGCCAAAUACACUGGGUGUUGCUUCUCUACCACAGCCUCCCGUGUCUACAUCCGCAGUGUACCCCUCCACUCCCGUCUUGAAAAGCAUUCUCUAGUGUUGAAGAUCUCCUGGGACGAUGGAGCAAUGCUUUGUAUACACACACAUACACACUUCUAGCCCACCUCCCUACUAGAUAAAACUUGUAUUAGUUGACUUUCACUUAGAAAGUUUGACUUCUGCUCUGUAUGGUCACUUGUUCCUGUUCCUUUGGGCCUGUGAUGGUUCAUACAGGAUACUGAAAUGGUGGCUAGGAAGCAAAAGCAAAGGAAGAUUUGGUAAUCUCCUUGAAGGGCAUGCACCUACUGACCUAACUCCAUCCCACUGGGCUCUCCCUCCUAAGGUCCCACCACUGCUGACUGUUGCCCUGGCUCUGGACCAAGCCUCUAACACUGGGGCCUUUGGAGAAAACCCAUCCAAACCUCAGCUCUGCUUUUCUGUCAUCAACACAAAUGUGCUGUGAAACUCCUGUCUCUUCCUUCUUAGAUUGACUUAUAAAUCAUUCACAGCACCUCAACUCUCCCUCAGUUUAUAAAUCACACUUAAUGAAGCAUACAGUUGGGUUUCUGGCUUAUGUUGCUUUACCAUUUUCUACUAUAUGGCAUGGGAGUGAUGCUUGUUAAGUACAAACUGUAUACCAAUGUGAAUUUUGCUUUUC